ACCCUAAUCCCAAUUUUAUAAGUUGCCUCCUCUUCCUUUAAUUUCUCCCUUGCCGCAGUUUCGCCGUUGCGCUCCUCAUCUGCAUCUCCAUCUCCAUCUUCGUCUUCGAUCCAGCAACAGCAGCGACAUGGGAAGAGUGCGGACAAAAACGGUGAAGAAGUCCUCUCGCCAAGUGAUCGAGAGGUACUAUUCUCGAAUGACCCUUGAUUUUCAUACUAACAAGAAAAUCCUUGAGGAGGUCGCCAUCAUCCCCUCGAAGCGCCUCCGCAACAAGAUCGCCGGAUUCUCCACCCACCUCAUGAAGCGGAUCCAAAAGGGCCCUGUUCGCGGAAUCUCUCUAAAGCUUCAAGAGGAAGAGCGGGAGCGCCGCAUGGACUUCGUGCCAGAUGAGUCGGCCAUCAAGACCGAUGUGAUUAAGGUUGAUAAGGAGACCAUAGACAUGCUGUCAGCGCUUGGAAUGGCUGAGCUUCCGGGUGUUGUUGAGACUGAGCCGGAGGUUGUGGCUCCGGCCAUGGUGUUCGGCCGCGGUGGUGCAGGCGGUGCCGGUGGAAGGAGGUACUGAGAACGUUGAGCCUUUGAUGAGCUGUUCGUUAAUGAGAAGGUGAGCAGUUUUUGUUUUGGUGUUGUUACUAGUAGUUUACUUUUGGAUUUGAACUGUGGAGAAAUGUUAGUCUGGUUGAUUUUAUGGGUAAUGUUUGGGACCCCAUUUGAAUGGGAUAUAAUUUAGCUCUCAAUAUGAUUUGGAUUCAAUUUCUUGGAUAUGCAUUUCUGGCUGAA